CUUUAAAGAAAUAACAUAUUUUAAAGCAUUAAUGGAUAUAUUUCGUUAAAACAGACGUAUAUAAAGAUUUAGGUAUACUAAACAAAGUUUUAUAAUUGAAACGAUUGGAAAUAAAAAGAACUAUAAACAGUCAUGGAACCUGUGUCAAAGAAAUUAAAAGUUGAGGAUUAUAGUUCAGCUUUUUCUCCAGAACCGUUCACACAAAAAGGGUCUCAUGAUAACGAAGGUACAUUAAAUUUUGAAGAGGAAAAACUUUACGUCCCGCAAAUUUUUUUAUGUUUAGCCUCCCCAGUAUUCGAGGCAAUGUUUAGAAAUCCGUUUAGAGAGAAGAAAGAGAAACUCGUGCAAAUGACUGGGAAAUCUUAUGAAGACUUCCUUGACUUCCUGCUGUGUAUUCAUCCAAGAUAUCAAAAAGCAGUAAACGAACUGAAUGUGCUUCGUAUUGUUCCCUUAGCUGAUGAAUAUCAAGUGACUGCGAUUGUAACAAAGUGUAAGGCUGUUAUGAAGUGGAUGUUGUCAAACGCAGUGAAAACAGCCGCAAAUGUAAAUUACAAAGAAGAACAACUUCAACCAUUGAAGAAAUGUUUUACUGUAUUGCAUUCAGCAGUUUCUCUUGAUUACACAGACAUAUCGGAUUUAGCUGUCAAUUAUAUUGCAAAAUUUGGAUAUUGCCUGUACAAUGACAUUGAUUAUAGUGAGAAUGAUGAAUUCCGUUACCCUAGAUUUGAUCAGAAUAUAAACAACGUGGCGACAUACGGAAAUGUCCAUAAAGAAUGUCAAACUUUAUUCAAAAGUCUGCCAGAUGAUAUUCGCUGCAAGAUUCUUUCAGAAAGAUUAAAGAAAGUCAAUAACAAUAAUUUUAAGCCAUAGAUAGUAACCACGAUAAAGAUUUCACACAGUCGCUGUGAUGGUACUGUUGAGAGAAACAAUUCACUGAACAAGCAUGCAUAUAAAUUGAUAUAUCUUUUAUAGUCAAAGUUAAAAGAACAAUGACCAUUACUGAUACAUUUUAUAAAUAUAUAUGUGUAGAUUAUAAAGGCAAAUAAAGAUUAUGGAAAAG